UGCUCUUAUGAAAGACUUGCACUCUGGAUCAACUUUCACACUUUGCCAAACAAUUAAAAUGUUGCAUUCCAUCGGACUAAGGUGCAUAGAGAGGAAAACCGAGUGAUUUUUGCCGCCGACAGUCUGCCCCUAAUGCAGAUUUACAGGGAUCAUCUUAGCGUCAACGGUCUGACCUUCAGCUUGUGCAGAAGCUCCAAUGAAAGUUGUAUCCUUGACUAGUCAACGUCACUGGGGGAUAUGGCCCCACAACGUGAUUGCACCCAUGCAUAUUGUUCCUUCGCUUAGGUCCUUGAUAUGAGGGGAAGAUGAGCUAAAGGACAGUCUACGAUAGCAGGUGUGCCGUGUUUCAUGUGGAGUGCAGCCAAAUAGAUUAAUGACCUGAUUUCCGGCCUACCUUCUAUCGGCCAAUGCCCUUCUGGUCAUAAACAAGCGAGAAUGCACUGGGGGUCCCAUGUCGGCUCUCAAGCUCUCCGUCUCUUGUCGACCGACUGCACCUGCUGAACAACACCAUGGGUAUCAUUCUCAGUACCUUGGCCGGAGUCGUCAUUCUCCGUCUUCUGUAUGAGUACAAACGCGACCGUGGACUACCCCCUGGUCCUCGAAGACUCCCAUUCGUCGGCAAUAUUCAUCAAGUCCCCCAAGUGCUCCCUUGGCGCACCUUCGACGACUGGAGCAAGAAGUAUGGGCCUAUCUGGAGCGCCCAAUUUGGACGACAAACAAUGAUCAUGAUCGCCGAUGCCGCCAUCGCCCGUGAACUGCUGGACAAAAGAGGCAGCGUAUACAGCGACCGACCACGAAUGGUCAUGGCCGGCGACAACUUGACCAAAGGCAUGCAUCUCCUGGUGCGCAAUUACGACGAUCGCUACCGACUGCACCAACGUAUGGAAGCGCCCGUAUUAAGCCCUCGAGCAUCGUCUACGUACCUGCCCCUCCAGGACCUGGAGAGCAAGCAGCUCCUCCGUGACUUUCUCAAAUCAAACGAUUUCCACAAGAUUAUUGAGCGAUACAGCGUAAGUCUUGUUUAUGCAUUGACCUACGGGUUCCGGCUGGAAACCGGAGACGAGCCGGAAAUUCACUCCGCUCGUGAAAUCCUCAGCAACUUCGUUUACGCCGGUCGACCAGGAACUUGGAUAGUGGAUGCAGUUCCGAUCCUCAACAAACUGCCGGAACCACUCGCCCCAUGGAAGAAAGAAGCCGAGCGAUUCUUCAACAUCGAGGCCGGCCAACACAUGCGCAAUAUGAACCGCGCACUCACCAACGAACCAUGGAACUGGACCAAGGAGUUCUCUAAUUCCAAACAGGCACAGGUCAUGCCUCCAAUCGAGCUAGCCUACGAUCUCGGAAUCCUGGCCAACGCUGGCAUGGAAACCACGUCGGCCGUGAUGCAGAUCUUCGUCCUGGCUGCCGUGACACGGCCCCGCUUCAUCUCCGUUGCACAGGAAGAGCUCGACCGCGUGAUUGGACCAGACAGACUCCCUGACUUUUCGGACCGGGAUAAUCUCCCGUACAUCAGUGCCAUUGUGGAGGAGACUCUGCGCUGGAAACCCAUGGUUCCCGGCGGCUUUCCCCACGCCACGCAGCGAGACGAUACGUACAUGGGCUAUCGCAUCCCGAAAGGCGCCACCGUCAUCCCACUCUUCUGGUCCAUGACCAUGAACGAGGCUCAUUUUGAGAAACCCGACGAGUUCUAUCCGGAAAGAUGGCUCGGUCGAACUGAGGACGGUUUCACGAACUGGUUCGGCUACGGACGUCGCGUGUGUACCGGGCGCCACAUCGCCAUGAAUUCACUAUACCUGCUCAUCGCGCGGAUUCUGUGGGCUUAUAAUGUGCAGCUAAAGAAGGGAUCUAACGGCAACCCCGAGAAGGUGGAUGAUAUGGCGUUUGGAUCGGGGUUUGUCUCGAUGCCGGAACCAUUUGAUGCGGUUUUUGAGCCUCGGCCGCAUGCCCAGGCGGUGAUUGAGAGGGAGUGGGAGGGCGCAGAGAAGAAUCUGACAGUUCUUAUGAAUGUUGUCAAGGAAAAUCAGAAAGCUGUGGGGUUGGAAUUGCGAGCGAAGGAAUGA